UGCCUCUUUCCCAGAAGAACGAAAAAUGACCAAGUCCCUGGGAUCAGUGUCACUGAAGGAUGUAACUGUGGACUUCAGCAGGGAGGAGUGGCAGCGAUUAGACCUCGCUCAGAAAAGCCUGUACAGGGAUGUGAUGCUGGAAAACUAUUUCAACUUGAUCUCAGUGGGGUGUCAAGUUCCCAAGCCAGAGGUCAUCUUCAACUUGGAGCAAGGAGAACAGCCAUGUGUAUUGGAUGGUGGAACCUCCAGUCAGGGCUGUCCAGAUCGGGAUAUUGGUUUUGAAACUUCACAACAGGGAAUAUCUGAAGAAGGUUCUUUCCAGUCUGAGAGAAUUAAUAUCUUCACAAGAGAUGACCCAUAUUCCAUUUUAGAAGAAUUGUGGAAAGAUGGUGAACAGACAGGGAGAUAUGAGGAAAAGCAGAUCAAACCUUUCAGUCAUGUUGCCUUCAUCAACAGAGAAACACUAGCUAAUGAGAAGGGCUGUGAGUAUAAGGACACUGGAAAAAUAGUUCAUGUAAACACACACCUUGUUGCUUCAAGAAAAGGACUUCAUAACUAUGACUCAUUUGGGAAGAGUUUGAAGCCUAUCAUAAGCUUAUGUAAUGAUAAUAGAGACAAUGCAACAAAAAAUCUUGAUAAGAUGAUCAGAUACAGUGAUAUUUUUACUCAUGUGAAUUCUCAUACAGAAGUGGAUGCUUGUGGAUGUUAUCAGUGUAAGAAACUUGUGCAUCAUAAGCAAGCACAACAUCAAAGUGUCCAUACUGGGGAGAACCUCUAUUUAUUUUCUGACUGUGUAAAAGUUUUCACCCAGAAGUCACAUCUCUUUGCACAUCAGAGUAUUUGUACUGAAGAAAAACAGCAUGAAUGCAGCAAAUGUGAGACAGUCUUCACUCAGAAGCCCCAUGUGGCUGUGCAUCAGAAGGUUUAUAUGGGAGAGAAACCAUACAUAUGCACUGAAUAUGGGAAGUCAAACCAUCAGAAAGCUAAUAAUGAGGAGAAUUACUACCAGUGCAGUGAAUAUGGAAGAACCUUUAUCCAGAAGUCAGAUGUGUUCAGAUGCCCGAGAAUCCAUACUGGAGAAAAACCCUAUGAAUACAGUGAAGGUGGGAAAACCUUCCCUCAGAAUUCAAACCUCAACAUACAUAAAAAAAUUCAUACUGGAGGGAAACACUUUGAAUGUACUGAAUGUGGAAAAGCCUUCACGAGGAAGUCAACACUAAGCAUGCAUCAGAAAAUUCAUACAGGAGAAAAACCCUAUGUUUGCACUGAGUGUGGGAAAGCCUUUAUCCGGAAGUCACAUUUUAUUACACAUGAGCGUAUUCAUACUGGAGAGAAGCCCUAUGAGUGCAGUGACUGUGGGAAAUCCUUUAUUAAAAAGUCACAACUCCAUGUGCAUCAGCGCAUUCACACAGGAGAGAAUCCCUUUAUAUGUUCAGAAUGUGGGAAGGUCUUUACUCACAAGACAAAUCUCAUUAUACACCAGAAGAUUCAUACUGGAGAGAGACCCUACAUAUGUACUGAAUGUGGGAAGGCCUUUACUGACAGGUCAAAUCUCAUUAAACAUCAAAAAAUUCAUACUGGAGAGAAACCCUAUAAAUGCAGUGACUGUGGAAAAUCAUUCACCUGGAAGUCACGGCUCAGGAUACAUCAGAAAUGUCAUACUGGAGAGAGACAUUAUGAAUGCACUGAAUGCGGGAAAGCCUUCAUUCAGAAAUCCACACUAAGUAUGCACCAGAGAAUCCAUAGAGGAGAAAAACCCUAUGUUUGCACUGAAUGUGGGAAGGCCUUCUUCCACAAAUCACACUUUAUUACACAUGAGAGAAUUCAUACUGGAGAGAAACCAUAUGAAUGCAGUGACUGUGGGAAAUCCUUCACUAAGAAAUCACAACUCCACGUACAUCAGCAAAUUCACACAGGGGAGAAACCCUAUAGAUGUGCUGAAUGUGGAAAGGCCUUCACUGACAGAUCAAAUCUCUUUACACACCAGAAAAUUCACACUGGAGAGAAACCCUUUAAAUGUGGUGACUGUGGAAAAGCCUUCACUCGGAAGUCAGGCCUCCAUAUACAUCAGCAAUCCCAUACUGGAGAAAGACACUAUGAGUGCAGUGAUUGUGGGAAAGCCUUUGCAAGAAAAUCAACACUAAUUAUGCAUCAGAGAAUUCAUACAGGAGAGAAACCCUACAUUUGUACUGAGUGUGGGAAGUCCUUCAUCCAGAAGUCGCACUUAAAUAGACAUAGGAGAAUUCAUACAGGAGAGAAACCCUAUGAAUGCAGUGACUGUGGGAAGUCUUUCGUUAAGAAGUCCCAACUUCAUGAGCAUCAUCGAAUCCACACUGGAGAGAAACCAUAUAUAUGUGCUGAAUGUGGAAAGGCCUUCACCAUCAGAUCAAAUCUUAUUAAGCACCAGAAAAUUCACACUAAACAGAAACCCUAUAAAUGCAAUGACUUUGGAAAAUUGUUAACCUGGAAGCCCCAAUUAAGUAUAUGUCAGGAAUCUGAUAGUGGGGACAUAGUGUGCCCCAUGCCACAGUCGUGGUGUGGGGAGACCAAGAUAUGAGAGGCUGCAGCUUGACUGGGAAGUGGGAGGUAACCAAGGCUGACUUCCUUCUACCUGGACAGAAUUAUGAAUGUCUGGAUCACACAGCUGAUGUCCAGUUACACAUACGGGGAGAUGCUUUAGAGAAGAUUUCUAAGCAGUGUCUAUUGGCCAUGCUUGGUUACUGGACAGAUACUGGUAUUGUCAGGCCCCCAUAAAUAAUAGUAAAUGUGCAAAGAGGUGACUUGCAA